UUUAAGGACGAUGCAUUUUCUUUAAACUAGAAAUAUAACCAAAUCAUUCCUUUUAAGACUCAAUGUAUAAACUAAAUAAUUAAACUAUCCAUAGUGAUACGUAAAUACGCACAGCAUUUCCAUGGGAUAACGAGAGGAGAUAACUGGCAACAUCAAUGGAAAAGUUCCUAUAGGCUGCAACCACCCAAAAUCCAAUACAAACUUACGUACAUGUAGGAAACUUAUUUUUUUGAUGGACGACUAACUUCUCGAUUAUGGAGCAAUGAUGAUAUUACACAGUUUAUCUUGUACAGUAUUGAAUUAAGUUUCACGGAAUUAUUUACCACCAAAAUGGAUUGUAAUCAUCGAAUUGAAGUUCCACUACGUUCCGGUGGAGGCAAAAAAAUGAAAAAGCGUAGAGAACUUGACGCAUUAAUAGCACAUUCCCUUACAAAGCGAAGCACACGCCGCGGUGUUCAUGGAACAGCACCGUCACAGGACAAGCUGUUGUCAGUAUCUACGGAUGACCCUGAGGACUAUGCAUGGACAAAUAUUGCUGGUCCAAAUCGGCGCAGUCAUCGGAAAAACACUUACUUGCGAAUGUGUGGUCCCGUAUUAUUAGGAAUAACCAGUGCAUUAUUUGUGGCAAUUUUAUAUUGGCUCUACUUUGACUUAAGACAACAGAUUUUUGAUUAUCGUCAAAAAAUUGAAGAAGUCUCUGCAAUGAACAAAAACAUUCCGGAUACUCUUCAAAAAUGGCACGAGACUUCAUCAUUCCUUAUGAAGAACCAAACGGAAGUUUCAAUCAGAAUAACUGAAUUACAACGAAGCAUUGAAGCUUUACGUACCAAUCUAAGCAAUCUAGAAAUGAUGAAUGCUCAACGAAAUUACGGCAAGGAUGAAAAACUAGUCGCUGACUUCGGAGCAAAACUCGAAGCAGUUGCUGCAGAUGUGGAGGGUAUAAAAGAUCACUAUAACAAGUACACAGAGAUGCAGAAGAACAUGCAAAUUGAAAUUGAUGCAGUAAAGGCUAACCUAACAGCAUUAUCUAUUGUACAACCAAAGACCAGCCCAGAAAAUAUUACCGAAGACAUCAAGAAAGUCAAUCAAACGUUGACGGUUUCUUUAGCACAAUUAAAAAAUGACAUGAUAAGUGUGAAUAAUACAUUAAGUCAAAAAAGUAAAAUGCUUUAUGAGGAAAUCCAAGUGCACAAAACGAAAUUAGACGAUUUAUUGGAUCGUUCAGAAAACAUUACGUCCCACGUGACCACAUUAAGCAACAGUUGGCCGGAAUAUAAACAAAAACUUAUAAAUUUUAAUGAAUCGUUGGAAAAAAUUGAAAAAGAGAUUUUGUUAGCAAAAAGUCUUAACAACAAUCUAGCGAGUGGAAAAAAUCAUGGAAAUGCAAUAGCAACUCAAAAAUACGAUGAAGCUGAUAAUGAGGCCCAGUCGAUAUUAACACCGCAGCCCAACAAAAUGCUGUUUGAAACCGGAGUAUUUGAAAAUGUUACUGCAGAUUUUAAGAAAAUCUGAUGUGGUAAGAUGGCCCAAAGAUAAAGUUUGAAAAUGUUUUUAUAAUUAAUUCUUAAAAUAUUCGUACAAUAAACUUAUUUCUAAGCUAAAAGAAGUAGAAUAUAGCGAGCAAUUCCUAUGUGUGCCGAACAGCAAUGUCUUUGCUCUCAGAUAGGAAGAGCGUAACUAUAUUUAAACAUUGUUUGUAGUUUUUUGCACAACGUCUGAAAGUUCAUUAUUUGUUUAUUUAUAACGUUCUACAAACAACACAAAAGACAAUUGAAGAUGUCUAAAAAAUAUACCUUUUUGUAAUCAUCAUUUUUUUAAACGCUCUCUUUUGACAUUAAGUAAACGAGCAAUGUUAUUCUUUCUAUCUUAGAUCGAUAUAAAUAUGUACAUGAAUGGAAGAGGCGUAUAAAUAAAUACAAAAUCCAUUAACUUUGAUGUGAAAUAUUUGUAUUACAUACUCGUAGAUACUAGAGUUGCGCUUUUUAGUUCAUUUUAUUCAAUGUACUACUUGGUUCGGUGUUCCUUCAAUUUCCGCAAUACCAAAUUAAAAUAAAAGAAAACUAUAUUCUGCAAAAAAAAUAGUUAUAAAAAUAAGAAUGGAAAAAAAUCAUUUAAGAAAAACGGAGCGCAAUGUGAACAUGUAAUUAUUUAUAACUUUUGUUCGUGAAAGAAAAUGAAUGCAUCGAUGCUUUGGCUAAGUGAACUAAAUGAACUAGAAAAAUUGUCUAGUUCUAUAGUUCAAUUGGCAAAUCUUUGAACUAGACUGAACUAAACCGACCCAACUCUAAUACCGUAUAUGUAUGCAUAUAUUAAAUUUAACGAUGAAGCGUACUUUAAUAAGUAUAGGCCAUGUAAAAUAUACAUAUGUGUGAUCGCAGUUUUAGGUUAAUUUUAUUUGCACUUAGAAAAUAUAAUUUGUACAUACAAGAGUUGAUUAAAAACAGUCUAAAGUAAAUGUGAUUACCUUUAAUUGCAAUAUGUACUUCAUUUCAAAACAAUAAAAUAUUUAAUAUUGAA